CUGCGGGUUCGAGGAAAAUAUGUCAUCCCGACCAAUUCUCUAAAUUCAUCCAUGUAAUUUCGAUGUGACGCACAACUGUUCAACGCACAGUCAAAAUUAAUUUUGAAGCCAUUUGUAUUUAACUUCUGUAACUUUCCGAUUUUUUGAAUUACUCAUACAAGCGAGUUCGAUACAAACUUAUUUGCAGGCUGAUAUCAAAAACUAAUAAAAUGGUUGUGAAUCAACAUAUCUGACAAAAGAAACUGACACCAGAAACGUUCACAAUGGCUGUCGAUAUACUGGACGACGACCAUUUCGCAAUAACAGCUAUAGUUAUAGUAUCAAUGCAAUUUAUCUACUUUAUCAUAGCUGCCACUUUUCAAAUGGACAAAAUUACAGAUUUUGCGGGCGGCAUAAAUUUUGUCGUAGUGGCAUUACUUACAUUUUUCCUGGGACAAAGCGGAAAGAAAAGCUACGAUAGUCGUCAGCUUAUGGUAACAGUGUUUGUAUGCCUCUGGGGGGUAAGACUCUCUGGAUAUCUUGUGUAUAGGAUUAUAAAAAUAGGCAGAGAUAAACAGUUCGAGGAACGACGAAAAAACAACAUCAGAUUUGCAGUUUUCUGGACGUUUCAGGCUGUUUGGGUUUAUGUAGUUAGCCUCCCAGUGAUAAUAAUAAAUUCUCCAAGACAUUCGAUUCCAUUAGCUCCAAGGACGAUGACCACUCUAGAUUCAGCAGGAACUGCCUUAUUUAUGAUAGGCUUAUUGGCCGAAACCUACGCGGAUCUUCAAAAGUUUUCAUUCAGACAAGAUACUGCUAACCAGGGAAAAUGGUGCAAUGAUGGUUUGUGGAGGCUAUCUAGGCACCCCAAUUACUUUGGUGAAAUUCUUCUAUGGUGGGGCAUCUUCACUAUAUCAUUCAACGUUAUUGAGGGAAUUGAAUGGGUAGCUAUUCUUUCUCCAACUUUCACAACGUUGAUUAUUUUGUUCCUAUCUGGAAUGCCUUUGCUGGAGAAAUCAUCCGACGAAAAAUACAGAGACAUAUCAGACUACCGGUUCUAUAAGUCUUCCACCUCACCUUUAAUCCCCAUUCCACCAUCCGUAUACGUUGAGGUACCCCAAUUCCUCAAAUUCCUCAUUUGCUGCGAGUUCCCAAUGUACAACUACAUGGAAGAGAAAGUAAAGACCUCCCACAUCAUCGAAUCCGCCUCGACUUCGUUAGCACCUUCACAAACAUAGCUAUAGCUAUAUUCUGUUGGUUGUAAUGAUCAACAGAUGAACCCGGGUCCUGGAACCGUUAAAAAAGCUCCAGGCACUGGGGGCUUGGAAAACAAUAAGGUGCAAGUUACGGCUGUUUGAAAGAGAUAGGUAAAGCGUUAGGAUGGAUAUUCUAAAACUAGAUUAAGAUUGUAGUUGUACAGACUAUUUUCUAUCAGUUUAGGUUAAUUUUAAGUAGUAAUAAUAUUCUUGGGCUUUGCUGUUGCUAUCUAAAGUCAGAUCAAAUUGCUUAAGCGUUGCUGCUAAGUUGCUAGUUUUGUUGGUCUUUAAUAUCACCUUCAAGUGUUUUUUGGGCAAUGGUUGAAAUGUUCAGACUUUUUACGUCAUGAUGCAGAUCGUAUAAUUCCUAAUGAAGUACAUAUUCCCCAGCUAGACAAAAUUCCAAUUUAAUAAAUGAAAUUGAGUGUUUGCGUCAACAUUUCUAAGUAUGUUGGGGUUCAUCCUCGUUUUUUCGGUUGAUUAUUGGACAUUGUUUUUUUUAUACUCCAACUAUCACGAAGGCCUAAGGCCUAAGCACCCAUUGGGUACCGUGGGGCUAUAGGGGGAUACAUGGGAAAGGGGGAUCGCCACACGGACUCUGGCGAGGGAACACGUGUGCAGAAAGAGAACUUUGUAUUUUCUUUUCCGAAGAAGGAGUCGGCCAAUAGGAUUUGAUUUUGUUAUGUAAUACUGUGAAUGACAGUGAACAUGUCACGUUCCUCAGAUCUGACGAAAGCCCAACGUCCAUGGUAGAAGUAUGUAGAAAAGCUUAUUACGAACAGCUUUGACGCGAAAGUAUCAGGGCCUAUUAGCGGCGGUUUUGGUCCUGAAAAUAAAUCAAAUUUAAAGUUGAUCGCUUUUGUGAAAUGUUCUAUAAUGGAACACACUAAAAUACAAAACAUGUAUAAAAAUAAAAGUGUUGUUCCAGUGCGCACACAUUAAAAACAAGAUUUUAAAAAAUCUGUACACAAUUACAAUAAGACUUCAGCUUUUGUUUUUAAUGUGAGCGUAGUGGAGCAACACUUUUAUGUUUAUGUGUUAUUAUCAUAUUUAUGUUAGUGUGUUUUAUUAUAGUCUUGUAGUAAAAAGAGCUGCGAUCAUGCGCGCAUAUAAAAAUUCAAACACGGGUGGAUGGUAAAAUUGCGACCGUGUGUUUAAAAAACAAUCAAGAAUUAAAAUAGAAAAGAACAUAUUUCUGAAAGUCUAAAAUACAUAUCGUCUGUCUCUGCACGUACAGGCGUAAAUGACAAAAAAAAUCUAAAAUCGAGUUACGCCGUAAUUUCACAAAAUUCUCUCUGGUCUUAAUGUUUCAAGUCUUGCCACUUCUUAUCCAUAGAAAAAAUCUUAGGACUUAUGAUAAACUUUUUGGAGGCAAAUAUUGACGUGUCGAUUUUUUUUGGA